CUAGAUUCCACUCCAUAUUUUGUGUCCCGCUCUGUCCUGCCGGUCCGUCUGAUCCGAACACGCAGCGCUUUCCAGCAGCCCUCACCAUUUCCACUUCAGCGCAGCCUCCACAGGGGCUCCUUUCGCUGGACCAAGUUGAGCCACCUUCUUGAAUUCAUGUGGCACCUACACAGUCCUUUUCUCUGCGCCACUUAUUCUUGGCCGCGCUUCGACUUGCCGCUCUGCUCCGGGAAAUGUGUCGGUAGACAUUCAUACUAGUUGAGCUCCAAACAACAUAUACAUGAGCAGUCAUUAAGUACCUGCGGACCUGCUGCAGGAGGGGGGAGUUUUAUUUUUAUUUUUUUUUUUUAAUUUUACGGCUGGGAACCCGAAAUCACUGAAGGACCUUUGCACAAGUGAACAAUGCUGAGACUAGAGACUAUCAUCUGCACUUUUUCUGUGCUGUCAGUCGCAGCAAGAGCAGAUUUUAAAGCACGGAACUGCAGCGAGGUGAGGGACGCUUGCCUUGAGAGGGGCUUCGCCUUCGCACAUGUUCCUCACCAGGAGAUCCCAGGAGAAGAUCUGCGUGUUUGCACCUAUGAACACACCUGUUGUACCCAAGAAAUGGAAGACCGAUUUGGUCAGCAAAGCAAGCUGGACUUUGAAAAUCUGCUUGAUGAAACCAGUCACACGUUGAGAAGCACAUUUGUCUCCAGACAUAAAAGAUUUGACGAAUUCUUCCUGGAGCUUCUGGAGAACACGGAGCGGUCCCUGAAUGAGAUGUUUGUGAGGACCUACGGCAAGCCUUAUAUGCAGAACGCGGAGGUCUUUGAGAACCUGUUUGCCGAGCUCAAGCGCUACUACACGGGAGGGAAUGUUAAUCUGGAGGAAAUGCUUAAUGACUUUUGGUCCCGGCUGCUGGAGCGCAUGUUCACACUGCUGAACUCCCAGUACGUCAUCACUGAGGACUAUCUGGAGUGUAUCAGUAAGUACACGGACGAGCUCAAGCCAUUUGGAGAUGUUCCCAAGAAGCUCAAGGCUCAGGUUACCCGUGCAUUCAUCGCUGCACGCACAUUCGUCCAGGGACUCUCUGUAGGUCGGGAAGUGGCCCAGAGAGUGUCAAAGGUAAACAGCACUCCAGCUUGUAUACGAGGGCUGACAAAAAUGCUGUACUGUCCCUUUUGUCGUGGUUUGCCGGGAGUAAAACCCUGCAAGAAUUACUGCCUUAACGUGAUGAAGGGCUGCCUGGCAAAUCAAGCUGAUCUGGAUCCAGAGUGGAACCAGUACAUCGAUGCCAUGCUGCUGGUGGCGCAGAGGCUCGAAGGGCCUUUCAACAUUGAAUCUGUCAUGGAUCCGAUUGAUGUCAAGAUUUCAGAGGCCAUCAUGAAUAUGCAAGAUAACAGUGCCCAGGUUUCUUUCAGGGUUUUCCAAGGCUGUGGCCAGCCGAAACUUGCAGAAAUCUCGAGGUCUGCUCGUGGUACUUCGGAUGUGUUCAACGCCCGCUUCAGGCCCUACAACCCGGAGGAGCCGCCCACCACUGCAGCUGGCACAAGCCUGGACAGACUGAGGAUGGUUUGGAGGACGAUGCAAUUCAGUGUUGUCGACAUAAAAGAGAAACUGAAAUUGUCCAAGAAGUUCUGGUCGAGUCUGCCCGAGGCAAUGUGUGUGGAGGACAGAGUGACUGCCGGAAACGCCAGUGAUGACGAUUGCUGGAAUGGACACACCAAGGGAAGAUACUUUCCUGAAGUCCAAAAGGACGGCCUAACCAACCAGAUGAAUAACCCCGAGGUGGGUGUUGACAUCACACGACCCGACACCUUCAUCCGUCAGCAGAUCAUGGCUCUGAGGGUGAUGACCAACAAGCUGAGAAACGCAUACAAUGGCAAUGACAUCAGCUUUCAGGACUCAAGUGAUGAAGGCAGUGGCUCAGGCAGCGGAAGCGGCUGCACAGAGGGCUGCACCACGGACAUGUACAGCGCUGCCACCGAAACCCCAGUGGUGAGAGCCGACCGGAGCGGGCCUAUGGAGGACUCUGCCCCGCACCAUGCACCAUCCAUAGCACUGCCCACCAUGCUGGCUCUGCUAGCUCUAACUUUGCACCGACAAUGGAGAUAAUGAUGGAGCAACAAGCGAGAUAUGGACUGCAGGGUUUUUGUCCCCCUUUUUUCUCCUCUCUGGCAGUUUUUGUAUUCAAGCACAUUGGAGCCACAGUCAAGCAAAGAGCAUUCAGCCUACCAGCGUUGAUGCUGCAGGAUUCUGCUCUGAGAAAGAGAGUAGUCAUCCAUAUCACGGUUUUCCACUUUUCCAAAGAUCAUGCAGUGCCAUCCCUAGACUUUAUAUUUCAUGAAAUCAUUUCAGUUUCUAAAACUGAUGAGGAUCCAACAAACUCUUCUUCAGAGAUUUUAUUUUGAAAAACAAAAAAAAAAUCUUUACAUUUAUUUCACAUAUGGCGAAUAUAAACAUAGGUUUCCAAUUGGAAAAAAUAAAUAUAGUAUGCACUUUGAGGGUUUUUUUUGUUGUUUUUUUUUUGUUGUUUUUUUUUUAUUGAAUUUUUUUGUCUGAAGAAAAUGUAAAAAGAGAUGUGGUUAAAUUAUGCACCUUAAAAAGGUACAAUAAGCUUAAUAAAUGUUUAGAUAAUAUAUUUUAAAGAGGUGAUGAUCAUCUAAGUGCAAAAGGAUUCAGGAACCGCUUUGGUUAGAAUUUAAUUACAUAGAACAUUAAGCCAUUUACUGAUUUGUGAAGGAAAAACAAUUCUUUUAAAUUUCCUUUUCUGUGAAUGCAAAUUCAGAGUUGUGCUUCUUUAUCUCUCUUACAGUUUCAAUCGUUUUGGGCUGUAGAUGCAUCUAUUGUUUUAAACAGAAUCUGCACAAACUUAUAAAUACUCACAAAAUCUGUUCAGCAGUGGCCUUGCGCUACAGCUGACUUGAAAGGUUAGGAUUAACAUUUUAUUUACUUUGCCUUGCACCAACUCCAUAAUCUGCAAAAUAUGCUCAUAUCUUGCCAGUUUCUUAACUUAGCUUCAGCAGUGGAAAACCUAAAAUCAUUUUUAAGACGUUUUUUUUUUUUUUUUUUUCUUCUUCUCUGUUUUAUCUGCAGAGAAGAUGCUACUAAUUUACUGUUAUGUAGCUCUAUGGUUAAACAGCUCUGUUAACAUUUUGUUUAAGAUGUGAUCACUCAGUAUAGUUUAAAAUAUUUACUUCAAGUUUAAAGGGAUACAUACUGUCAUAAUUUAAUGUCAUCAAUAAUUGAACAGGUAGGAAGUGGCUACAGUGGCUAAUUAUUAAUCUUCUACUGCAACCAUAAGGGGCUUUUGUGGAUUAUUUUUUUUAAGCUGGGUUCUGUUGAGAGGAAAUGGCCCAUCAGUAAUUUACCUUUAAUAGAUAACUCUCUUAGCAUCUUAACAUUGAUGAAAGAUGAGAAAUUCAAAAGCUUUUAAAUGAUCUAAGAUAUGCAGGAGAUGAUUAUUCUCCUAGCUAAUCAUUAUGAAGACUUUUGCCAUCUGUGGUCCUUAGCAGUGAUAUUUCUGUACUUAACAAACUUUGAAACAGAAUUGGUUUUUGGUGUUUUUUCCAUUCAAACCAUUGUUGUGCAAGUUCACUUUUCACCAGAACUAGCUGCACUUUCAGUUCACACAGGUUAAAACAGAAUAAGUUCAUAUUCAGAAUUCACCAUUUUAAUGCUUUUUUUUGUACAGUCACACCACAUCAAGUUUCAAUUUACAAUUUCCAACAUUAAUUAGCACGUUGAUUAUUUUGCAGCCUAGCAUUUGCCGGGUGAUUCUCUCUGCUCGCAUGAAAUGUAUUUUAGUUUGACCGAGCUACCAAUAAAGCUCCUCUUAUGCACAGAAUUCCCUGCUUGAAUUGUAAGAGAUCAACAUGUGUGGAUAAUUUUGAUUCUGCUUCUGUACUUGAACUAGAAAAACCUUCACUCGUGAAUUAUUCUCACUGUUAUACUGGCUAUCCUUAUAGCUGGUAGAUGUGACAGAACGCAUUUAAGUGCUGCUUCAGUACAUAGAAAACCUUAACAUGAAUUUUCUGACACAAUACUGAUAGGACUGGAGUAAAGAAACACCUCAACACAAUCUACUCCUUUUAAAUAGUUUAGACCUUCAGCUUAUAAUAUUAGGUAUGUAUGUUUUUACAUCAUCAAUAAAGUCUGAGCAUAAAGACAGAUAAAUGUGUUAGAGAUAAGAGUAAAGCAAACCGGUGCACAGAUACACAUACGUCAAUCGCCAAGUUUGUUUGUUUUUUUCCUUAUAAUAACUCUUUCUGAAUGAAACAGAAAAAAAUGUGUCCUAAAAUGGUUUCCUAAUAGAUGCCUGUGAUAUGUAGCAGGAUAUCACAAGGGUGAUAUCCUGCUUCUGAUCUGAGAAACAGCUUUGUUCAAGUCAGUUGUUUGAAAAAGUUAAUGCCACUUCUGUAAACACCAUUUUGAACAAAGUCAAGUGCAGAUAACACUGAAACAAAAAUAUGAUCCUGUUUUACUUUUUAUCAGUGGAUAACUACUCUGUCAAGAGACACUUCAUAAAGUGUUUCACACAGAAAGGUCAUUCCAAUGGACCAUGGACCGAUACAGUCUUUACUGUAACAAAACAUUAUCUAUUUAACACAGCUAUUAAGUACAAAAUUAAACCCAUUAAACAUGACCUGAUAUUGAACUUUUUCAUAAAUGAUUUGAUAAAGGUAAUAGAUGAUGGCACAUACAGUAUAUACUUGUUAGGAGGUCAAAUAUAAAGUUUUUAACAAAAACACUAAGAGAGUUAUCUACUUCAGGUAACUAAUCUCUAACCAGAAACAGAAACACCUUUCACACCUGUGGCUCUAAAGACAAUCAAAUUAGGAGAUUUCUAUUGGGCAUCUCAAAUUAGGUUUCCCACUAACAUAUUCCGUUUGAAUUAUAAUGACAUUGUAUGCAAAUAAAAAUUACUGGGUUGGUCUGCAAGAGCAAACCUAUAUUCUUGUGCUGCUGUAAAACUUUACAUGAAUUUAAAUUAACUGACUGUAUCAUGUUUUAGUGCUGCAUCCUCAGAAUAUAUUACACGUAUUUACCAACUAUCAUCAGAUGUUUUCGUACCUACUGGAACUACA